AUGCUGGCCACCCUGUGGCUGCUUAGCCUUUCUUUCCCCACUUUGUGGGCCCAGGUGUUAAUCAGCUGUACCUACAAAAGUCUCUGCCAGUGGGCCUUACUCUCAGGCAAUGAUGUUGUCCUACAUUGUGACCAUCCCAAGACAUUCUGGUACUUCUGAGAGGAUCCCUUUCUGUUCAACUCAAGCCCUAACAUAAAGAAACUGCCUGGGGGCAGCCUCCAAUUGAUCCACCCUCAGCCCUUCCAGACAGGUCUCUAUAGCUGCCAGGACAACAACAAUGCCCUCGUGAUGGAAUAUGAAAUUGAUUUCCAGGAUGUAACCUCCCUGCAUAUUACACACAAAGACCUGGGCCAAAAGCCCCUGCAGAAUGGGACCCUGAGUCUGAGUGGCAAGGUCCUCAUCUUUACUCACUGGGAGCCGUGGCAGGAGUGUAACCGCUGCAGAGAGCCGGUCGAGCGCAAACGCGCAGGGUACUGCUAUGUCGAGGAGCCCCUGGAAAAACCCAUGCCCUGCUGGCUCUAUUUGAGAGAGGAGAAGGUUCAAUACAGUCACAUGCGGCCUGAGAUGCAGGUGGAAGCCGGCCUUGUACCCUGUGACACUGAUAAGGAAAUCAACCAGCCGUCCUUCAUCUUUGACCAAAGUUGA